AUGUCGUUGGCCAGUUUCAACGAAAGCAUCUUUCAUGACUAUCUUGCGAGCCAGAAAGCACAUUUACCCAUCUUACCAGAUGUUGACGAAAUAACCCCGAUAGUCACUAGAGUCCUGGGAGCCAACCCCGGAAAGUUCCAAUUACAGGGAACGAACACAUAUCUCAUCGGGAGUGGAAAGGAAAAGAUCCUGAUCGAUACCGCCCAAGGUGAAGCAGAAUGGAUUGAUUUCAUUUCAUCUGUUCUAGAAAAAGGCGGCUUCACAAUCUCCCAUGUGCUUCUCACACAUUGGCACUGGGACCACACAGGUGGUGUACCCGACCUUGUCAAACGUUACCCGGGGCUCUCAUCUGCCAUUUACAAGAACAAGCCGGAUGUUGGCCAAUUACCUAUUGAGGACGGACAAGUGUUCAAAGUAGAAGGGGCCACGGUAAGGUCGGUGUUCACGCCUGGUCAUGCCAAUGAUCAUAUGUGCUUUGUUCUCGAAGAGGAAUGUGCUCUUUUCACGGGCGACAAUGUCUUGGGCCAUGGCUAUACCGUUGUUGAAGAUUUGGGGCUCUAUACAACAUCACUUGAUACUAUGGAGGAUCAGCACUGUCAAAUUGGUUAUCCUGCUCAUGGAGAUGUCAUCAGAAAUCUCCCAGUUACAAUGACCCAGUACAAAGCACAACAAAUCCGACGAGAGAGACAGAUACUGCUAGCACUGAAAAGAAGCAGAGAAAGCCAAGACCAAGGAAAGAAAGGGGGCAAAGGCAGCGUUACUAUCAGGGAGAUUGUCACUGCAGUCUAUGGUAGUGUGACGGAGGAUGUGAGCAAGUUAGCUCUGGAGCCGUACAUGAAUGAGGUGCUAUUGAAGCUUGCCCAGGAUCGGAAGGUUGGGUUUCAAUUCCAACAAGGCUGCAAGAGGUGGUUUAUCAAUCCUUUAGCAUAA